AUGAUGAGCCACAACCAUGCCUCCCGGACACCCCCCAGACCGAGCGCAGGGGAUCCGAUCCCCCACGUCCAGCGACGCCUCAUGGCCACCACUGCUGCCCUCACCCAGACCGCCAGUCCCAACACGGCCCGGGGGGUGAGCAGGAAUCGAGCGCUCAGGAGUGCACCCACGACCACCCCCCCCACCCCAGCCCACCGAUGUAUCAUCUGCGGUGGGGGGGGGCGUAGGGGGUGGGCAAGAGUGCCCCCCCAAGUAGGUUGCCAGCUUCCUGACUGGCAGGGCCAUAUGCCCCAUUCCCACUCACCCCCGGCCAAGAAGGGAGCAACCCGUCCAGGCCAGGGACACGCCAUGGCAUCCCAUGAGUGCCGCCGGGGCGGAGGACCAGAUACCCCCACACUCGACCAGAAGGGUCCCCAAAGCAAGGCGCCCCCCCGCGUGCCCCCCACCAUGCCCCCCCCCAAGGGACGGAGGACGCACAAGUCCGCCCCAGAGCGCAGCAGGAGCACAGCAGCGUGCACCGCCCCGCCACCCCGGAGGGCAGAUCCCAGGGGGGAUCCCCCCCCCCCCCCGCUAGGGGCCAACUCCACCCCCCAGCGCCCCGCAGGCCCCAGCGCACAGAGACCCAGAGCCCCUACCCCCACCCGCAGUGCGGCGCCAGCCCAGCCCCAGCCCACGGCCCACCACCCCCAACCCCCACGGGCCCCCCAGGCCAAGGCGGCAGUCCCCCCACAAAUCCACCCCAACCCCCGUAGGGCAGACCCACAGCCACCGAGGGACGGUAGACCCAGGGCCACCAACCCACACAGACCACCAGACAUCCCCAGUACCCCAGAUGCACGGCCCGCAACACCACGGACCGACCAGGGAAGACACAGUCACCAACCCGCCCUAGGAAAUAUAAUCAAUUAG